UGCGCGGCGCAAUUUGGAGUCUAAGGACACAGGAGUCGUGAGAGGUGCAUCUACAUCCCAGGAGAACUUCUAACCAUCAUUUCCAUGGCGCUUCAGUAGUCUAGGCAGUCGAUAAGGCAUGCAAAGAAGAGGACUUAAUUCCUAAAUUACCAGGAGCGAUGGCAUCUUACCACGGCUUAGAGGGUGACGCAAUGGCCCUGAUGGUGCACGACACCAACGCGGUGAAGACCGAGGAGUUCGUGAAGGACGAGCCGGUGCGGACCGAGCCGAGCUCGGAGAAAGCCGACCCGUCCCAGAAGCCGCCGUACUCAUACGUGGCGCUCAUCGCCAUGGCCAUACGCGAGAGUUCGGAGAAGCGCCUGACCCUGUCCGGUAUCUACCAGUAUAUCAUCAACAAGUUCCCCUUCUACGAGAAGAACAAGAAGGGCUGGCAAAACAGCAUCAGGCACAACCUAAGCCUUAACGAGUGCUUCAUCAAAGUGCCACGCGAAGGUGGCGGCGAGCGCAAGGGGAAUUACUGGACGCUGGACCCCGCGUGCGAGGACAUGUUUGAGAAGGGAAAUUACCGGCGAAGACGGCGAAUGAAGCGGCCGUUCAGGCCUCCAACUGCUCAUUUUCAGCCCGGCAAGUCUCUGUUCGGGGCAGACGGGUACAGUUACCUGUCGCCUCCAAAGUACAUCCAACCGAGCUUCAUGAAUAACGCCUGGCCGCUCGCUCAGCCGCCUCCUCCGCCGCCUCCGCCGCCCAUGUCUUCGUACGCGUCGUGCCAGAUGGCGAGCGGUGACGUGAGCGCCAUCAACGUGAAAGGCCUUUCCUCCGCACCGUACAAUCCUUACUCCCGCAUGCAAGCCAUGGGCCUUCCCAGCGUCAUGAACUCGUAUAACGGCGUGAGCCAUCACCAGCACCAGGCGCAGCAGCUAAGCGGAGCGGCAUCCGCACCUUCACCCGUACCGGGCAACAGCGCGGCAGGCCUCCAGUUCGCCUGCGCCGCGCGUCAGCCCACCGACCUCUACUCGUACUGGGACCACGAAGCCAAACAUUCAGCCUUGCACUCUCGGAUUGACAUUUAGACAAAAUCGAGAGCUACAAACCUGGAAAGUGUUUCAUUGUUGUGAACGUUUUCUAGGCCGCCUGGGAGGUCUCACUCUUUAUUUUUUUUUAAUAGUUUCCCUUCGAGACUUACACGGAAUAGAAACAGGGUAGCUCUGAAGAAAGCAAAAAAAAAAAAGAACGUUGGAUUAAACCAUGUAGAGAUACAGUUUAUGUGUCCGUAGAUGUUCAUGUGUCAAAAAGCGUCUUAAUUCAACCCUGAAAAUUUGCCUCUGAAGUGCAGAUUUUGCCCAAAAAGGAUCUCCUGCACAUUUAACCUAUAGAAUAUUUUAACAACAGAUUUUAAAAUCGUAAAUUCGUGUGAUAUGAACUUUUACAGUACUUGUCUGUGUACGGAUGGGUCCGUAUAGCACAGAGUGUUUUAAUUUAACCCCGAGGGUUUUGCUGCGCAUACAGUUUGGAUGAUGUUUUUGGAUGCUUUUUCGCCUCAUCACGCAGCCUGCUAAAGCGCUCAUGCAAGUAUAUAAUGUAAGAAUAUCAACCUACGGAUGAUGAGACGUUGUGUAAAAAGAGCUUGGACUGUGUAAAUUCAACUUCAUCCAGUGUUUUAAAAAUGAAGCUGAGUGUUUUUAUGAUAAUUGUAAGCGCUAAAGUAGCCCCAGUCUGUUGUUUACCCCAUCCAGUGUAGAUUAGCCCUUUAGCAUACUGACAUCCUAGCUUUUAGAUCAUUGAAAAUUAAUCUGUAUUUUUUAAAAAUCGUAAAUCACCAGACCAGACCUCCUUUCGUUGAUAUAUUUUUUGAUACUCUAUUGAAAUGUUGACAUUGUCGGGACCAUGUUAAAUCGGCACUUAUUUUAAAUAAAAUACU